UGGAUGAGAAACGUGUCGGUGUGAGAGAGCGAGAAAGACAGACUUGGAGAGUUUGGUAUCAACAUAAUGCACAGCACACCAUAAGGAAGGGAGGGGGACAGACCGAGGCAAUGGGGGCUGCAGUAUAGGCUACUGCAGUGCAGGUUUGUGGGGUGUUAUAUCUGUGGCUGAAGAGAGAUUUGCAUUAGGAUACUGAGGGACACCUGGCAACCCGUGGCUGAGCUGAGGAGUGACGAUGUCUGUACAGGCCAGAMGACAACACGGCAUACAGCAGCCAAUGAAAGAGCCCGGAACAGGAAGCUGAGAUGGAGUUCUCAGGGUGCCCUGCUGCUGCCGGUGUUGCCGACCAGACCCAGGAGGCGGAGCAGGCGGAGAAGGAGGGCCAUGCCCAGGUUCUAUUUGAUGAGUUUGUCCAGGCGUCCACCUGCAGAACGACACUCCGUGCCUUCAACCUGCUGUGUGAGCACCUUCAGCUCACACACACACACACACAGCCACAAAAAUACUCCCCGACGCAGCCGCAGCGGCCUUUCUACCACACCCUCAAAGAACGCCUCAGCUACUGGAAGGCCAACGCACUGUGGGCCAAACUGGACAAACGGGCGGCCCACCACGAGUACGGGAAGGGCCGUGUCUGUGCCAACACAACGUGUGUGAUCAUUGGGGCGGGGCCGUGUGGUCUGCGUACAGCAGUAGAGCUGGGGUUCCUGGGGGCCAGAGUGGUGCUGCUGGAGAAGAGAGAUGCCUUCUCCAGGAACAACGUCCUCCACCUCUGGCCUUUCACCAUCCAUGACCUCAGGGGCCUCGGGGCCAAGAAGUUCUACGGAAAGUUCUGUGCUGGAGCCAUUGACCACAUCAGUAUACGGCAGCUACAGUUGGUGUUAUUAAAGGUAGCUCUGUUGUUGGGGGUGGAAGUCCAUGUCAACGUAGAGUUCAAGGGACUGGUGGAGCCACCUGCGGACCAGGAGCAACAGAAGGUAGGCUGGAGGGUGGAGGUGAAACCCAAGUCUCACCCUAUUAACCAACUGCAGUGUGAUGUGGUGAUCGGAGCUGAUGGACGACGGAACACACUGCCAGGGUUCAGGCGUAAGGAGUUCCGGGGCAAGCUGGCCAUUGCCAUCACAGCUAACUUCAUGAACCGUAACACCACGGCUGAGGCCAAGGUGGAGGAGAUCAGUGGAGUGGCCUUCAUCUUCAACCAGAGGUUCUUUCAGGAGCUACGGGAUGCCACGGGAGUGGACCUGGAGAAUAUAGUGUACUACAAGGACGACACGCACUACUUUGUGAUGACRGCUAAGAAGCAGAGUCUGCUGGAGAAAGGAGUCAUUCUGCGGGACUAUGCAGACACAGAAACACUUCUCUCACGGGGAAACGUGGACCAGAAUGCACUGCUGGCCUAUGCCCGCGAGGCGGCGGACUUCUCCACCAAUMACCAGCUGCCGUCCCUGGACUUUGCCAUGAACCACUACGGGCAGCCUGAUGUUGCGUUGUUUGACUUCACCUGUAUGUACGCGUCAGAGAACGCUGCACUGGUCAGACAGAGACAUGGACACCAUCUACUGGUCACGCUGGUGGGAGACAGCCUUCUGGAGCCAUUCUGGCCCAUGGGGACAGGUAUAGCACGGGGGUUCCUGGCAGCACUGGAUUCUGCCUGGAUGGUACGGAGCUGGGCUCAAGGCCUCGCCCCCCUGGACUUACUUGCUGAAAGAGAGAGUCUAUAUCGCCUCCUUCCUCAGACCACUCCAGAAAAUGUCAACAAAAACUUUGGUCAAUACACCGUCGACCCAGCUACCCGUUACCCUAACAUCAACCCUCAACUCAUCACCCCCGCACAGGUGGGCCAUCUAAUAUACACAGGAGAGAAUGGAGGUUCAGGUGUGGUCCAGGAACCGCAACCCCGAUCCCCCUUGCCGAAGCUACUACGACAGGAGUCCUUCUCUCGCUCCAGUAAGCUUUUGUCGUGGUGCCAGCAGCAGACGCAGGGUUACCGUGGCGUUGCUGUGAGCGACCUCACUACUUCCUGGAAGAGUGGCCUAGCUUUGUGCGCCCUCAUCCACCGCUACCGACCUGACCUCAUUGACUUUGCCUCUCUGGGGGAGGAUGAGGGGGAGGUGAAUAUGAGGUUGGGGUUGGAGGUGGCAGAGAAGGAGUUUGGCAUCUCUCCUGUGAUGACUGUCGAGGAGAUGUCGUCUGUCAGUGAAACGGACACUCUCUGUAUGGUCAUGUACCUCAGCCAGUUUCACCAGCUCUUCAAGGGGGCACUGCCCCCAAGUGAAUCCCAGACUGAGAGCCCAGAUGRGAGGGCUGCUGUGAUCGGUCCUGCCUCUCUCCUCAGCCGCCUGGGCCACAGCCCAUCCCGCAAGCGCAACCCCAAGGAGCAGAAGGAAAAGGAUGCGGUGGGGAAGAGAAGAAAAACCAGUCGGCCAUGUCUGGAGGACGUGAAACAAGAUCUCAGAUUAAGAUCUCAGGACAGUUAUGAGGAACAGGCUGCCCUGUGCUCUGUGGGUGGAGCAAGCCAGAGCAGAGUGCGCUCGAUGGCCAAUCAGCUGCUGGCCAAGUUUGAGGAGAAUGCCCCUUGCCCCUCCUCCACACCAGCUGCAGCUCUACGCAGACAGGGGGACUCCAUGCCCACGCUUCCACAUCCUCCAACAUCCCCUGACCCCCAGGCCCAGCCAGCCCUUGUGGCCUCCGCUGCCACCUGGAAACAGAUAAAAAUAAAGAAGCGCACGCAGCAGCAGGAGCAGAUGAGUUUCAAGUACAAGGAAAAGGUCAAGUGUCACACUCUACCCAGCAGGGGGGAGCAGAAAUACGUUCAGAUGUACACAGGGGGAGUGAGCUCAUUGGCUGAACAGAUAUCCAAUCAGCUUCAAAGUCAGGAGUCACCUUCACCCCAGCACACUCCUGAUAGGAARGAAACGGCUGCUGUUCGCUCUGUGUUGGCAGGGCCGGGAGGGGCCAGUGACGUAUGUUUCUUCUGCAGCAAGCGCGUGUACGUGAUGGAGAGACUCAGUGUUGAGGGACUGUUCUUCCACCGGAGCUGCUUCCAGUGUGACCACUGCAGCUCCACCAUCCGCCUGGCCUCCUACGCCUACGACCGGCCUAACGGGAAGUUCUACUGUAAGCCGCACUAUGACGUCCGUCUGGUUGGGCCGGUCCAGAGGAAGAGAGCAGCCCCUCCGACCUCCGAUCAGCCCCCAACUCCGUAUGAACGGACCCCCCUGGAGUACCCAGCUGCUCUGUCGGGGGACAAGGGGGGUGAGUCACUGAGGAGCGAGGUUAGUCUGAAGCCCCUUAAGGCAGUGCCCAGAGACGAGAGAGAAAUCGGGAGGAAGAGGGAGAUGGAGAGGAGGAGGGAGAUAGAGAGAGCAGCCAUGGGGGUGGGCUGGGAGGACAUGAAAAUCACCCUAGGAAGGGAGCCUCUCCCAGGGAAGAGCAUUGGAGGUCUGGACCCCCACAGACUCACAGAGAGCCUGCCUCCCCUCCUCCUCACACAACUCCAGGGGGGCUCCCUCUUCUCUUCACGUAAGUGCCGCAGGGACAACCAGCCCCCCAGCCAGAGUGUGUCUGAAGCGGGCAUAGGAGAGGGUGGACCCCUGGGCMUGUGGAGAGCUGUCAUCUCUGGCUAUAAGAGGGACAGGAAGAAGAAGGGCAGGACUUCCCUUCCCAAUACGACAACAGCCCCAGCCCCCAAAGAGCAGAGCAAGAGGAAAACUUCUGCAGAGAGAAGAGGUGUGAAGUUCAGGGAGCGCCAGAGCUGGUCAGAGCCGGAGGAGUCAGACAUCACCUGCUCUGUUGUGAUGGAGAGAUGCUCCAUGAACCCCAAGGCCAACCUUCGUCUGGAGCUGUUUGACCUAGCGUCUUCCCAGAACGAAACCAUUGAGGAGGAGGAGGAAGAGGAGAAUGAGGAAGGGGAGAGGCACGUGGGGAAAGAGAGGGAGCUGGACAGCUCCCCCCAUAUGGAUACACAGCGGAGGUCAUCGUGCCCUACGGAAGUGGUGGGGGUACUGGUGCACAUGAAGGACCUGAAGGACCCGUCYAGCCUGAAYGUGUCAGAGGCCAUGUUCCACAGAGACAGAGACCCAGAGGAGGAGCAGCUAGAUGCCAGGUUAACACGCAGAGUGCAGAGGGCAGCGCGCAAACAGGCCAAACAGGAGCAACUCAAGAGACUGCACAGAGCCCAGAUGAUCCAAAGGCAGUUGGAGCAGGUGGAGGAGAAGCAGAGGCAGCUGGAGGAGAGGGGUGUGGCUGUGGAGAAGGCCUUGAGAGGGGAAGCAGACUACUGGGGAGAGUCGAAUGACAGUGAAGAGCUGGACUUGCACCUGGGAGGUAUGUACCUCACAUACUAUAUGCUGCAUUCCAUCCAGUGGAUCUGUCUCCAUGGCAACUGUCUCUCCCUCAGUGCUCGGGAGCUGGAGUUGGAGGACAGACAGAGCCGUCUUCAACAGGAGCUCAGAGAGAGGAUGGCCGUGGAUGACCACCUGAAGGGUGAGGCAGAGCUGGCUGAGGAGAAGCUAAUCCUGGGGGAGAUGUUGGAGGUGGUGGAGCAGAGAGAUGCUCUGGUGUCUCUGCUGGAGGAGCAGCGUCUGCAGGAGAGCCAGGAGGACAGAGACCUGGAGGCCAUCAUGCUGUCCCGGGGCCUGGGCCUGCACAACUGGGCAUGAGCUCUAUCCCGAGGCCUGCACAACUGGGCAUGAGCUCUAUCCUGCAAAACUGGGCCUGAACCUGAACAACUGGGCCUAAGCACAGACACGUCACUUCCCCUCUAAAGCUGCGAUCAGGGUCACGGUUGUGAGGUCACUUCCCCUCUGAUACAACGUUAUGACCAGGAUCAAGGCGGGACUGUGUAUGGAUGAUCAGUUUUUAGGAUUGGAGAUGUUUCCCCAAUCCCCACUGCUACACACAUCCUGCUAUACCYCUGACUGACGGGCCUCUGAGACUGAUGGCUCUAUGCUCACUAUACUCACCCAGGCUGUUGUUAUGGCGAUAUGUGGCAUGUGUGAAUGAUUUGUAUUGUUAUUUAUUAACCAUUUAGAAAAAUGUAUAUUAUGUAAAAAGAAACGGUACUAAUUUUUUAAAACCUUUUUAAAAUGACAUGAAUGAUGUUUUACUUCACACAUUGGAUAAUAAAGACAGACAUUCUGACA